CAUCGUUAAAGCUGUCGAUAUGUUAGUAUUUAUCAUUCAAUUGAGCCUUCUGCCUUGCUGAAGUUGGACAUCUUUUGAAAUGACAAAGCGCCUCAAAGGAAGUGAAAACACUAUGAAGAUGCAAACAUUAGUAAAAUUCGAAAGGUUGAAUCUGUAGUCGAAAUUUCCACACCAUUUCAGGAUUAUUUUUUAUUCGGCGAUGAGAAAAAAAUGGAUUUUCGGUGAAGUGCGGCUGCAACCUGCUCCAUCCUCAGGCCGAAAAGACAAACCGUCUUGGUCUGUUUAACCGUGCGAUGACACAUGCCUGUCCAAUUGAAAACUGCCCACGAAACACUUCAGACGAGCGUUACUACAGUGGCCUCUCCUUGUUGAUCCGCGCUCAAAGCUCUGGAAUGCACCGAAAUCCGAAUGUAUGCGUUUUGUGUGCCGCUGAUGUGCUCUAUGUCAAUUUACUUACUUUGGAGAAAAGGCAGUAGCGACAAAAGAACAAUAAAGUAUUAGCUUCUGAUUAGGAUUUCCACAACGGCGCGUUCUUAAGCGAAGUCAUAUGAACCACAAAGUGCCAGGACUGUACCUUACGGAAGCAAACACGUGCUUUUCACUCCCUUACGCGAUGCUUUUCCACGGUCUGUCCGGAGGCGACAUUCAUGGCGUGAUGGAAGAAAUGGAGCGCAGAAGCAAGAGCGACUCAGCUGCUAUCAGUUCGGCCAUAGAUAUGGGUGAAAGAGAAAUGAGCAUGCCGUCGAUGAGCGGUGAACGUGUGGCUCUGUGUGCGGGCUGCGGGAGCAAAAUAUCCGACCGCUAUUAUUUGCUUGCCGUAGACAAGCAGUGGCACAUGCGCUGUCUGAAAUGCUGCGAGUGCAAACUCAACCUGGAGUCCGAGCUCACAUGCUUUAGUAAGGAUGGAAGCAUCUACUGCAAGGAAGACUAUUACAGAAGGUUUUCGGUGCAGAGGUGCGCGCGCUGCCAUCUCGGGAUUUCAGCCUCGGAAAUGGUAAUGCGAGCUCGGGACUUGGUGUACCACUUAAACUGUUUCACGUGCACGACGUGUAACAAAAUGCUGACUACGGGGGACCAUUUCGGCAUGAAGGACAGUCUCGUGUACUGCCGUUUACACUUCGAGACACUCGUGCAGGGGGACUACGGACACUUCAAUCACACGGACGUGGCUCCAAGUAAAGCGCUGGGUACAGCGGGGGCGCUCGCGGUCUCCUACUACAACGGAGUGGGCAGCGUACAGAAAGGACGCCCGAGGAAACGGAAAAGCCCCGGGCCAGGUGCAGAUUUGGCCGCUUAUAACGCAGCACUAAGCUGCAAUGAAAAUGAUGGGGAUCCCAUGGAAAGAGACUCUCAGUACAGUUCUGGUCAGAAGACGAAGCGAAUGAGGACUUCCUUCAAGCACCAUCAGCUAAGAACCAUGAAGUCCUACUUUGCCAUCAACCACAAUCCUGAUGCCAAGGAUUUGAAACAGCUGGCACAGAAAACAGGUCUUACAAAGCGUGUACUUCAGGUUUGGUUCCAGAAUGCCAGGGCCAAAUUCAGACGAAAUCUUCUGCGUCAGGAGACUAGUGGCGUGGACAAAACUUCAGAUGGGUCAAAUCUAGCUGGUGGAACACCAUCUGGUCCGGCAUCAGAAAUUUCAAAUGCAUCUAUGAGCCCAUCCAGCACUCCCACCACACUGACAGACCUCACUAACCCGACUAUGCCCACCGUUACCUCUGUCCUGACCUCUGUGCCAGGAAACUUGGAUGUGCGUGAGUGCAGGAGUCCUUCACAGACCACACUUACCAGCCUCUUCUGAUGUCUGCCACUCAGCAAUGAUCACCACUGACUCUUACAGUUGUGUAACUACAGAGCACAUCCUGUUUUCUGAUCUAAGUUGUGAAAGAAUCCAUCACUUUACUUGGACACUACAUGACAAAUUCUGUUCUACAAGCACCAUUCCUAACCCUGAUGCUCACAGGUACUGUUGUAAAAUGGUGCAAUAAUAUGGCUGUGAUUAGUGAUACAAAACUUCAGAACUGUACAAGCCACAGAUGUUCCAACCUGGGCAUUGUUUUCAGUAAAACUUAUGGUCAUGUCAACUAGAACCAGAGACAAUAAACAUUAAAUUACACAAAGUAGGGGAAAGACAAAAUCAAUCUUAAAAUUGAUUAAAAAGCUUUUGUUUGAUCAUGAGCCUCUUUCAGAGUAUUGCAUAGAAGCAGGCAUGCCUCAGUGAAAGGAUGUUGAUGUUUUUGUAGCUGUUUUUUGUCUUUUAAUGGAACUGAGAAGAAAUGAUUUGAAUUUUUAUUUCCUUCUUACCCAACUACGUUUACAGCAUGAGACUGAGGUUAGAUGUGCUCUCAUCAUAUGGGAAUUUACUUCUUUCUUCAGCCUUUUAUUUAUGUAACUGCACACAGGGGUCAAUGUGAGGAAAAUGGAUGAUAAUGUGAAUAAUUUUAAGAUGAAAACUAGAAAACAGUAAAAUCCUGACUGUCACGUGCCUUAAGCUGCAUUUUAGUAACCCAAUACAAAGUCCAUUUCUCAUUGCUAAAAUAAAUUGAAUUUGAAUAUGUAUAUUUUAUUCAUUGAGGCAACAAGGUUUGGUAGCUCUGCAUAAAUAUGAGCAUUAAAUACAGGUACCCCA